AUGUUCCACUAUUUUCACCCCUCGCAGCCUAAGCAGGAGAAGCUAUCCAUGGAGUGCAGCCUACCUCAGCCCAUAUCCUCCAUCAAGAGAAUUACUACUGCUCUCCCAUAUCCUUCGGACAUCUCCGAGGCCCUGAACUACUCUGCUGCCUAUGUUGACCACGCAGCACACCUUGCCAAGCAUGCUCUGAGCCAGUUCGAGCAACUCCAGAAGGCUCACUCGGAUCUCCAUACAACUGCUGAGAAUAGGUCCAAGCAGAUCAAAGACCUCCAAUGCCACGUGAGGGAUCACGAAGAGGAAAUUCGCGGUCUGAACAGCAAGUACACCGAGCUUGAGAAGCAGCGUGCACGCGAUGUCACAGAGGCCAAAAAACGUGAGGAUCUCCUGAGGAAGCAACUCAAAGAAGCCCAAGCAGCACUCACCGCCGCCGAAGCCUACAUUGCCAAGGACAAAGUGGACGACAUCAAACGUGAUGGCGACUACAAGAAACACAUCGAAGCGGAUCACAAACAUAUCUCUGCAGAUCACUUGAAGAUCAAACAGGCUGAGGAACGUGCUGUCAAGGCCGAGGCGCGAUGCAUCCAGCUUCAGGAUCUUCUCGAUGCCGCCAACCAGGAGCUCGUUGUUACGAAAGCCAGCCUGAAUGCCACCCGCGAGCAGCUCACUGCUUCUCAGGCCACAGUAGCCAAACUUACCGCGGAUCUGGCAGCGGAGACCAAGCUGAAGGUGCAGCUCCAGAUUGAUCUCAAGACCACCAAUGGUAACCUUGAGAAAGCCAAUGAGAAGAUUGUCGAGCUUCGCAAAACGAUCGAGGCCAAGGACGAGACUAUCGUCAAGAAGGAGGCGACAAUCGUGAAGAGGGAGGAGAAGAUCGCCGCCAAAGGAGUGGAAGUUGACAGAGUCCGAGCACAACUCGAUGCCAUGGACAUUGAAGUCAACAAGGUCCGAGCUGAUCUGAAAGAGAAGAUCAAGGAGACGCAGGAGAAUGAGAAAGAAUUCGCGGCCAAGGUAAAAGAGGUUGAGAGAGUCCGAGCACAGCUUGAUGCCAUGGACACAGAGGUCAACAGUGUCCGAGUUGACCUCAAGGCGAAGAUCAAGGAGCUCAAAGACAAUGAGGUGGAGUACAAGGAUACGCUUGCCAGCCAGAGGAACGAACACGCAGAGACGAAGAAGGAAAUUCUCCGCCUCAAGGCGCACCACAAGAGUGAGCACGAGGACCCUCUGAAGAAGAAAGCCACUGCGAAUGUUGUGGAGGUCGUGGAUGUCCUUUGA